UACACGCCUCCGCCUUCAGCACCGCCAUGUCUCUGGUGAUCCCUGAGAAGUUUCAGCAUAUUUUGCGAGUCCUCAACACGAAUAUCGUUGGGCGGCGCAAAAUAGCCUUUGCCAUCACGGCCAUUAAGGGUGUGGGGCGAAGGUACGCCCACGUGCUGAGAAAAGCAGACAUUGACCUCACCAAGAGGGCAGGAGAACUCACUGAGGAUGAGGUGGAGCGGGUGAUCACCAUCAUGCAGAAUCCCAGACAGUACAAGAUCCCCGACUGGUUCUUGAACAGACAGAAGGAUGUGAAGGAUGGCAAAUACAGUCAGGUUCUGGCCAACGGUCUGGAUAACAAUAUUGCUUUUAAGUUCACGCUCACUUUCCAUGAGCCAAAUGCCUCUAAGAGAACGAUGAUGGAGUCUUAUUACUUAGAGAAGGGCAAGCCAAAGUAA